AUGUUCAGUUGGUUGACAAAUGCUUUUAAUAAAUUGGGAGGAAAUGAGGGUCUAUCUUUUACACGUAAGAAGGCCUUUGAAAGAUCUGACUGUUCUAUUGAAUUGAGUACCAGCAAGAAAAAGUACAAGGUGAAUAGACAGGCUGUUUUGCAGGAUGCUCCCAUUUUGAUGGAAAGUUUUGGUAAAAGUAAAGAUAUAGUAGUUGAAAUUGGAAAAGAAAAGGAGGAAUAUUUGAAAUACAUUCUUGACUAUUAUCAAAACAAUUCAUUUAACUGUCCAAGUGAUGAUAUUCAUGGUGUAUUGAUGAUCAUUGUAGAAUAUUCGGGAUUUGAAACAAUUAAAAAGAAGAUUGCCAAGUUUUUAAUCAAGCAAAUGAAACCUUUCGAUGCUAUCAAGUACUUUUUUGUAAUUUAUAAUAGAGCAAUCUCUCAGAAUGCAGAUACCUAUGAUCGACAAAUUGUAAAUAGAUCAGUCUUCUCAAUCAAGAGAUUCUUUAAUGAAAUUGAUAGUAAUGAAGAGUCUAGAAAAUUAUUGAUUGACAAGUUGAGUCCGGAACAAAUAUUGUAUAUUUUCGAUAAUACAGAAGUCAAUGGGGUAAUAGUUUCCACCGUUGCAAUGUUGAGAUUUAUCACUGAUUGGACAUUGCACGAUUUAAGCAAUAGAUUGGAAGCUAUGAGUAAAAUGGUAGAAAUUGAAAAGAAAAUGAAAUAUGGUUUGGUGAAAUGCAAUUCAUUAGAUUGUUUCAAAGAGUAUGGUAUCAAGGAAUUUGAUAGUACCACUGAAUUCCUUUUCAGAGAUGAUGAAUUUACAGUCUCCAAAAUCAAUUCACAAAAAGUUAAAAUUGAUGGUAAUACCAGUCAAUAUGCCUAUAUCAAGUGUUACAACAAGACUGAACUUUCAACUGGAAAAUACAAGUGGCAAAUCAAGGUUCAGAAAUUCUCUUUCUGGUUGGGCGUAGGUGUAGCUUUGAAGGACAGAGUUGAGAAUGAAAUAUUCGAUGACUUUGUAAGUCCAUACGAUAGUCAUGGUUGUUACAUGAUGUCAGCAAAUUCUUACAAAUGGGAACCAACCAAAUAUACUUCAAGUUCAUUCCCAUUUGCUGUGAAUGAUGAAAUCAUUAUGGAACUAGAUUGUGAUAAGAGAGUGCUAUCAUUUACCAAUGUAACCAAGGGAACAUCUACAAGUAUCACAAAUAUUGAUUUACCUGUUUUCCCAUCCAUUGUUAUGGGAGGUAGUGAAAGCUUGGAUUUUGAAUGGUUAUCUGUUUAA